GUACUAGUUACAAACUACUUUUGUCUGCUUGUGGACGACAACGAUUAAAAUAAGAACUUUAGCCUUUUCCAAACUACCUGUGACAGGUGCGAGAUUGAACGAAAAUUGCUCUGUGAAAAAUGUCAUCCAUUCCAUCAGUCCCUGAGUUCUAUGCUGGGCGUGGCAUAUUUAUCACAGGUGCAACAGGGUUCUUGGGUAAAGCAUUAGUGGAGAAGUUGCUGCGAGCUUGUCCGGAUUGUACUCUUUACCUGAUGAUCAGGCCGAAAAAGGGCAAGGAGAUCCAAGAACGACUUGAAGAAAUUUUUGAAUCAAAGAUAUUUGAUAAAAUUCGGCACCAAGAUGCAGACUUCAAAAAGAGAUGUGUCGCUAUCGAGGGAGAUAUAGUGAAGGACGGUCUAGGUAUAGAACAAUCUCAAGUAGACAUACUAAUCAAAGAGGUCUCUGUUGUGUUCCAUUCAGCAGCUACAAUCAAAUUUGAUGAAGCUAUGAAGUUGUCAGUAGAUAUGAACAUAGUGGGUGUUCAAAGAAUGUUAGAACUGAGUAGAAAAUUACCAAGCCUUAUAUCUUUUGUACAUAUCUCAACUGCCUAUGCAAACUGCAAUGUGAAUGAGAUUAAAGAGGAGGUCUAUCCACCUCCAAUGCAGCCCAAACAACUCCUCAGUGCCGUAGGAUGGAUGGACUCAGAGACUCUAGAUAUACUGACACCAAAGAUGGUAGGUAGUCGACCCAAUACCUACACAUUUACCAAAUCUAUUGCUGAAACCCUGCUCAAAGAAGAGUGUCGUGACCUUCCUGUUGCUAUUUUUAGACCGUCAAUAGUUGGUGCCACAUACCAGGAACCAAUUGCUGGCUGGGUAGACAAUCUUAAUGGACCAACUGGACUUUUUGCUGCAAUAGGAAAAGGGGUGCUACGUACUAUGAAAGGAGACUUCAACGCCACUGCUGACAUUAUACCUGUAGAUCUUGCUACAAAUAUGCUCAUUACUAUAGGAUGGUAUACUGCUAUACACAAACCUGCUGAAAUGAAAGUAUUCAACUGUACAUCAGGGCAAAUCAACAGAUUUACAUGGGGACAGAUGGAGAGAAUGUCAUAUGAAUAUCUCAUGAAAAAUCCGCUAGAGAAUGUUGCAAGAAUUCCUAACCCAAGAUUUACCAAGAGUGUAUUAUGGCAUGACAUGAACGUGUUAUUUGACCAUAUGCUACCAGCAUACAUGAUGGACUUCUAUAUGUGGAUAUCUGGUAGACGACGCAUGUUUGUGAGAAUCCAGGGUAAACUGCAGAAGGCAGUAAGCAGUCUUGAUUUCUUCACAAGUAAAGGAUGGACAUUUUCCAACGACAACAUGUACUUACUGGAGAAAGCAUUAACACCUGAAGAUAGGAAGAAUUUCACAUUCAAUCCCAAAGUGAUACACUGGCCCACAUAUAUGGAGGCAUUUUGUCUAGGAACAAAACAAUUUGUACUGAAGGAAGAAUUGUCCAAACUUCCUCAUGCAAGGAAAGCACUAGCCAGGUUACAAAGAAUCCACCUGGCUUUCAACGUCCUGGUGUUUGUCAUUGUGUGGAGACUAUUGGUGAAGAGAGUGACAGUUGCUCGUCUCUUGUGGAACAUGGUUCUAAGCUGGGCAUCCAAAAUACUGCAGAAGGUUCCAGGGUUUGCCAAAGCAACAUAAGACAGAUAUACUGUGAUAUGAUGUUGAUCAAAUGUUACUUCAGGAGAUAUAUUAACACUGUUACAUUAAAAUAUCUUUAUAAUUUAUAUACAUAGUAUAAUUUUUCACAUUGUCUUUCCUAUCUUUGAAGAAAAUAGCAGGAAAAUAAAGCAUUUCUUAUUUCUUACAUUUAAUUUUUGUUCAAGGUAUUGAAAUUUUUUGCUGCAAGAAAUUGAUCAAAUAAACCCCAAAGACGUUUGAAUUGAGGAAAUGUAUAAAAUUAUUCGAAGAAUAUAAUCAUAUCAUUGAAAUAUUUACAUUUAACUGAGACAUAAGCUAUUGUGUUCAAGUAUUUAUAACAAAGGAUGUUUAACUAUAUUUAUCUGUUGGUAAUAUUAGAAUAAUUAUUGGUUACCUAACAUAUAUUAUAACAAAGCACAUGAAUGGAAAAUUUCUGUGAGUGGAUGGACCAUGCUAUAAAAGCCUUACCCACUUGAUAAACAAUUUACACAUACUGUUAUGGAACUUUUAUUAGUUUGAUUUAUUUUCUAUGCAUUGUUUAGGAGUAGAAAAAGAGUUCGCUAUUAAUUUUGGCACGACACAUUUCAUUAUGUUGAAUAUGUUUUUUUAAAAUCUCAAACAUAUUUUAUUUUGUAUCAACGUUUGUUGCUUUUAUUUGACACAAAUUUUGCAGCUUUUUAAUUAUGGUAAAUAUAACACAUUUGACUAAGACUUCUAAUUAAUUGAUGACAGAAAUGCUUGUUAAAGAGAAUUUAUGAUCGAGUAGUUGUCAUAAAUAUGAAGACGUAGUUAUUAUAAAAAUAUCACAUGUCUCAAAGGGAAAUAGUGCUUAUUAGUGACUCCAGACAUGAAAUAACACUCGAGGUGCACGAAUACUGAAAUAACCACCGAGGGUAUUAUUUCAUUUCAAAGGAAAU